AUGGACUCAGGGAAGGAGCAAUCUCAUUUAAGUCUCCAUGGAACACCUAAUCUUCAUCCAGAUGUCAUUGGAACUUGGAGUUUGCGCAACAGAGAACAGCUCAGAAAAAGGAAAGCUGAAGCACAAGAGAAGCAAACUUCACAAUGGCUACUUGGAGAACAGAAAAAACGCAGGCAGCAGAAAACAGGAAGACAAAGAGGCCAAAAGAGACAACAAAAUGCAGAACUGAAGGUGAAGCCUYGGUCACGAAGAGAAAAAAAAACGAUGGGGAAAGCACUGGCACCUUCAGAGAAAGAAACUGAGCCGCCUGGGCGGGUGAUGGUAGUCUCCCUGCAAAAAAUUGUGACCAAGGAACAUUCUUCUGAAACACACCAAGAAAACAUCAUGYCUGAGGAAAACUCUUCUGAGUACCAAGAAACAGUACUACAAAACCAUUCUUCUGAAACAGGCCAAUCUUUGGCUGCACCUGAAACCCUCUCUCCCCAAAUGUGCCAAGAAUCAGCUGCACCUCAUGACCAUUGUCCAGAAGAAUGUCAAGACAUGGCUGAGCCCCAAGUCCUUACUCCUAAUACUUGCCAAGAAAUAGCUAUAGUUCAAAAUCAUCCUUUCAAAAUGUGGCAAAAUAGCACCCAACCCAAAGUUCUCUCUCUUGAAAUGUGUCAGGAAACAGCUGGUGCCCAAACUCUUCCUUCUACAACAUCUGAAUAUGUAGCUGAUCUGGAAGGUUGCUCUCCUGAAGCAUCCCCCAAACCAGAUGUGCCAAAAGGGUGCCCUCUUGACACUUACCAAAACACAGCUGGAUUAGAGGAAUUCAGUUCCGAACCAGAUCAAGGAACAGCUGAGACUAAAAGCUUUUUUCCCGAAACACAAGAAAUAGUUGUGCCUAAAGAUCUUUCUACAAAAACAUGCCAAGAAACAGUUGAACCUGAAUAUUUCCCUUAUGAAACACAAAAAGAAAUAACUGCGCAUCAAACCUCCUCUCCUGAAACAAUCCAAGAAACAUCUGCUCUUGAAGAAUAUUCACCUGACACAAACCAAGAAUCACCUGGGCCUGAAGAAUAUUCACCUGAGACAUCUGGGCCUGAAGACCUCUCCAUUAAGACAUAUAAGAAUUCGGAUUCGCCUAAACAGUGCCUUCCAGAACCAAGUGCAGAAGCAGUUUGGCCCCAAGGCCAGGAUCCUAAAGCAGCCCAGGAAGAGGCUAAGGAUGGUAACACUUUCCCUCAAGAAGUGAAAGAAAAACCCAAAGUAGAAGAACAAGAAAUACCAGCAAUUCCACAUGAUCCUCAAGAAAUUCAUCCAGAAAAUGAUGUCUAUAGUUAUGUUUUGUUUUAA